UUUAGAUUAGUAUGCAAUCUGAUCGCGACUUCGAUGGUACGCAAUUUAUCAAUAUGUAGAUAUAAAGUAACAUUUUAUAUUUUCAUCUACCAAUGAAACAAAACUAAUGAAUCUAGGAACGUAACACAGUGUGUUUGUGACGUAUUCAUAGAACAAAUAUUCAGCAUACUUUUUGGUUAAAUGUGAAAUUUUAUACCAUUUAAAUAUAUAGAAUAUUUUUUUAAUUUAUAACAAGUAAUCCUGAUAAAAUUAAUAAUUCAAUGUAAUAGUGUAAAAUGAUGUCAUUACAGUGAUUAGAAAAGUGUGCCUUUUUCAAUCGAUCAUUACAACAUCAAGAAGACCAACAAACAUGGUUAAUGCAACACACACUCAUAAUAUUUGAAAAGUUUACAAAUUAAUUUAAGAUUUAGAACAGAAAUAAUUUUUUUAAUAUGGCUACCAAGAUAUUAUUGGAUGAAGUAAGAUCUAAUUUGAAAGCAAUUUUUCUUUCCGCAAUAAAAGCUGUUUCUCCAAAGCGAAUAAUAAAGGAUAAGGUGAAAUUAGAAAAUGAAACUUUAUACAUUGAAAAUAAUAGUUUCCUUAUAGGGGAGAAAGUUUAUUUAGUAGGUUUUGGCAAAGCUGUAAUGAAUAUGGCUAUAGAAUUAGAAAAUAUACUUGGCAAUCGUUUAGUCAAAGGUAUAGUUAGUGUACCUGAAAUAUCAAAAGAUUCCAUAUGGACAUUCGAUGAAACAUCUAGUUUUCCCAAUCAAAAAACUACUGCGCUUCAAUUUCAAGAAGGAACUGUGCAUAAUCAACCAGAUAAUAGAUCCUUAAAUACGACACAUGAUAUUAUAGAUCUAGUUGAAUCAUUAACUAAGACAGAUACUUUAAUUGUAUUAAUAUCAGGUGGAGGAUCUGCACUACUUUAUAUGCCAAGACCUACAAUCGAUUCUGAAGAUAAAAUACGUUUGUGUAGAGAAUUGCAAAAUUCUGGCGCUGAUAUAACAGAAGUUAAUAUAUUAAGACGAAAGUUAUCUAUGGUUAAAGGUGGUGGUCUUGCUAGAAUGGCUUAUCCAGCUUCAAUUAUUUCUUUAAUAAUAUCUGAUAUCAUAGAUGAUCCCAUUGAUUUAAUUGCUAGUGGCCCUACUGUUUAUAAUCCCAAAUCACCAGAAGAAGUUAUUGCUGUUUUAAAGAAAUAUAAUUUAUUCAAAACUGUGGAAAGUGAUUUAAAAUAUAUUAUUACAUCUACAGAAACUUUUAAUGAUGCACCUUUAUUAGAUUCCGAAAAGAAAUUUAAGCACGUCAAUAACAUCAUUCUAGCAAAUAAUAUGACAGCAAUUGAAGGAGCAAGACUAGAAGCUUUACGUAAGAAAAUUGUACCAAUAAUAUUACAAAAUAAUAUUAAAGGUGAUGUUCAUGACGUUAGCUUAGCAUAUGUACAUGUGACAAACUUAAUAUGUCUUGCAUUAAACAAGACAUUAACUAUAGAAGAUUUUAUUACGAGUAUUGAUAAAUCAGAGAUCAUUUCUUUAGAAGCUGAGAAAGUAAAAGAAAUUUAUUCUCUGAUUGAAAAUGUCAAUCACAAUGGUGUAGUUUUAAUAGGUGCUGGAGAACCAACAGUUAAAGUUACUGGUACAGGGAAAGGUGGAAGAAAUCAAGAAUUAGCAUUAUAUUUUUCUUUAGACUGGUUAGCAAAAGUAAAAAGUAAUCCACUGCUAGCAACUUAUGAUGUAGUAAUAUUUAGUGGUGGUACGGAUGGCCAAGAUGGACCCACAGAUGCAGCAGGUGCAUUUGGUUACCCUGCUUUUGCACCAGUGGUGUAUGAGUUACUUGAGAUUUUAAAAUCAAAAAGAAUCCAAGAAAUAGCAGCAUUUCACUCAAAAAAAGCAGAUAAAAUUGCUGAUGAUGUAAUACCUCAAGAUCCGUGUAAGAGAUACUUAUUAAGUGAUUAUCUGAAACCAAUAUCCACUAAAUUAACAAAUCAAGAAUCAAAUAAAAUAACAGACGAAAUAGAUGAUAUUGAAUUACUUGAUAUACAUGAAUAUGAAAAAAAAUAUAAGACAGAAUUAAUGAUUAUGGAAGUGGAACGUAUAAUACCUGAAAAUGUCUUAACAGAGAAUGAUUCAUACAAUUUUUUUUCUCGCUUUAUGAAAGGGGAAAAUUUAAUUAAAACUGGUUUUACUGGUACAAACGUCAUGGAUUUACAUUUUAUUUAUAUUAAGAAACGCGAUUGCAUGUGUGAAAUGAAUCCAAAGGAAGAAGAUUUAACAGUUACAAGUUUAGAUGAUCAUGAUUUACAUAUUGAUCCAGCAACCAUUGAACGACAUAAAUCUUUACGCAUGCAAGAUUUCUUUAAAAAAGACAUCCUGGAUAAAGCAAUAACUCGUAAAAUUGAUAUAGAAAAAUUAAAUAUAAAAAUAAUAGACGAAAAUUUACGUGAUCCAUGUUGUAACAAGGAACGAAAAUUGCCAGUGAUUAAAACAGAAUAAUUAAAAUAGAAAAUAUAUUCCAAAAUAUAAUGGUGUAUAAAUGAAUAGCAGACAAUCUUGGUAUGUAAUAUUAAAUCUAAUAAUCUAUUUUACCUCACACAAUUCUCUCAUUUAAUAACGACAUUGCAUUCCUUUUUGGAUCAUGUACAUAAUAAGAUUUAUUAUUCAAUAGAAUAAAUUUCUUAUUAAUAACAUUUGAUAUUUUCGAUAUGUGUAUAAAAAAAAGUAUAUAGUAAAUAUUAGACACAUAAAAGUGAGAAUAUUUUUUGAUACCUAACUUUAUUUCUCAACAUAGUUUACAAAUUUAAAUGCAUAUUUGUUGAUAAUCUCCACUAAAAUAAAGAAUUUAUUAAGUAUUAUCACAGAUUGAUUAAAAGAAGCAAAAUCACAGUGACAAAUCUAUAAUUAUUUAUUACUUAAUGCCUCGUAAAUUGUACACAGAAUUAAAGAGUAGUAGUCAGUACGCAGAUUAUUUUUUCAUUAUAAGAUGGAUGAUUUCUUUUUUAUCUGCAAUUACAUUUUAUUUACAAUUUUAUGAAGAAAGUAAGAUAACAUUAUAUGUUAACAAAAUAAAAAAGUUUUUUAUGAUCAUAUUUUGCUUUUUAACCCAAGCUUUGCUUAUAUUCAUUAAUACAAAAGUAGAUGUAAUUGAAGGGUAAAUUUGCAAAAUCUACCGUGAAUCAUAUUUUAUCGUUUUAAAAACGAAAUGAGAAAGUUUAUAAAUAUUUUUCAUCAUUUACUAACAUAUACUUUGGUAGUGAAUUUAUAACCAAAAAAAAAUAUAUUGUGUUUAUAUACUAUCAUUUAAAUAUAAUAAUCACAAUGAUCGAUCAUAUAUGAUACUUAUAAAGAAUUAUUUUUAUGUGGCAUAAAUAAAACCAAAUAUCAAUUUUACAUGUCAAACAUAACUCAUGCACAUAUAUUCUUAUAAUACUUGUAAGUUAUAGCAAAUGUCAUCAAAUACUCCAAUGUUUAAAUUAA